UUAUUAAUUCAUUUAUUUAUUAUUUGUAGGUUAUUUUCUAUAAUUGUAGUAAAUAAACAUUAAACUUCAUUUAAUAAUAAUUAAAAUAUACUAAAAGCCUAAAGAGGAUUUUUUUUUUCUUAAUGUUAAGGUCAGUUUCCGGUUUGAUUUUAAUUUAAUAGAAGUUUAGACAGUUGUUUGUUGUUGUUGUUGUUGUUUUCUUUAUUAUUAUAACGCGUUAUUGGGUGUGAUGGUUGAGGCGCGCGCGGCGGGAGUGGACUCCGGUGCUGCGUUGCUGCUCGCGCGGCUCUUCACCAUGGCGCGCGACACGGGAGACACGGGCGUACCGGGGUCGGGGUCCGAGUCCUGGGCGAUGAUGAUGAUGACGCAGCCGCCGCCGCCGUCCACCGUGCCGCGGAUUCCGCCCGAGGCCGGGAACCGGACGCGGUGCGCGGCGCACGUGCAGAGCUACGGCGGCGUGGAGCGCGCGCUGAUCGGCGGCGUCCUGACGGCGCUGACGCUCGUGACGGCGUGCGGGAACCUGCUGGUGGUGGUGUCCGUGUGCUCGGUGAAGAAGCUGCGGCAGCCCUCCAACUACCUGAUCGUGUCGCUCGCGCUCGCCGACCUCUCCGUGGCGCUCGCCGUCAUGCCGUUCGUCAGCGUCACUGACCUGAUCGGCGGCCGCUGGAUCUUCGGCCAGUUCUUCUGCAACGUCUUCAUCGCCAUGGACGUCAUGUGCUGCACGGCGUCCAUCAUGACCCUCUGCGUCAUCAGCAUCGACAGGUACCUGGGCAUCACGAGGCCUUUGACGUACCCGGUGCGUCAGAACGGAUGGUGCAUGGCCAGGAUGGUUCUGUCGGUGUGGUUGCUCUCCGCUUCCAUCACGCUGCCUCCGCUGUUCGGUUGGGCGCAGAACGUCAACAAUGAUCACCAGUGUCUGAUCAGCCAGGACUUCGGCUACACUAUCUACUCAACCGCCGUGGCCUUCUACAUCCCCAUGAGCGUCAUGCUGGUCAUGUACCGCCGAAUUUACCGCGCUGCCAAGCUCAGCGCCGCCAAACACGCCAUCUCGGGUUUCCCGCGGCCAAGUGACGAAGGUGACGACGAUGACAGAAACAGCCGAGACGAUGACAGCGACUGCAUGGCGGCGGCUAUGAAGAUGCACCGGCUCCGAGGAGCGAAGUGGAAUGAAGCCGAGCGCAAAAGCGCCUCCAUCUUCAAGCGGGAGCAGAAGGCGGCGGCCACGCUGGGCGUGGUCCUGGGCGCGUUUACGGUCUGCUGGCUGCCGUUCUUUGUGCUGUCGACACUGCGUCCGUUCGUGUGCGGCGUGAGCUGCAGCUGCGUGCCUCUGUGGAUCGAGAGAACGCUGCUGUGGCUCGGCUACGCCAACUCGCUCAUCAACCCCUUUAUCUACGCCUUCUCCAACCGGGACCUGCGCACCGCCUACCGCAGCCUCCUCGCCUGCCGCUACCGCAACAUCAACCGCAGGCUCUCCGCCGCCGGCGUUCACGAGGCGCUGAGACUCGGCCCGAGGUCAGAGGUCACGCUGUCCGUGUGAAGGCGUUUUAAAGACCCUCAUGCUCUACUCAUGACUUCAAGGGCGAUUAUAUCUUAGUGUAAAGGGUAAGGAUGUGAACGGCACUCAACAACCGCACUCCUGUGACCCUGCCGGAGGUCAAAGGUCAUGGAAGGUCAUAUGAAACUCAGGCCUAAAGGAUUGCAUCAAGGUGAACUCGGAUUUUCAGAAUCACUCUGAACUAUUUAAUUGGACUUUAUAUCUGAUCAACGAUAAAAUUCAAGCAUUAAAUAUGAAGUUUAAACAUGUCCAGGGGUCAAAGGUCACCAGGUCAGGCUGACCUACAAAAUGGAGGACAAAUAGCAUUCAAAAUUUUAAAUCUUAAGCUUUUUAAAAAGCCGAAACUGGUCAUUUUGAACAUAUCAGUAAAAAUGUUCUAAACUUAAACCUCCAUGUUGUGUUUCUUUUAAUGUUGUGAAAAAUUGUUAAAAAUAAAUGUCUAAUAAUCAUUCAGCAAAAUUUGAAUAAAAAGGUAGUAAAUGUGUUAAAAUGCUCAAACAGCAGGGGACUUCACUGACCACACAGUCCCAGUGGGCGUGGCCUAAUAUUCUAAUGAGUCAGUUGAUUGGCAGCCCUCUCAAGGGUCCAUAAAACACUAGCUUAGCUUUCUUUUUCUAGGCUAACUUUCACUCUCUAGAUUAGCUUUCUCUUGCUAAGUUAGCUUGGAUUAGCUUCCACUCGCUAGGUUAGAUUAAGUUUGACUCACUAGGUUAGUUUUCACUGUCUAGGUUAGAUUAGCUUUCACUUAGUAGUUAGUUUUCUGAUGCUAGAUUAGCUUUCGCUCGCUAGAUUAGCUUUUGUUCACUGGGUUUGCUUAAGCGGGAAAAUAUCAAUUUAAGGAAACUGUGUGGGCGGGACUUCUGGCGUCAGCUUUACCCAAGAUAAGCCCCUCCCACUUUACACAGAAAGAGGAGAGAUUCAUGGUUUUUAUUGCAGAUUGUAAGACUGACAUUAACCUCAUCAGCAAGUGGAGGAUUUUUUAAGCUUCAAAAUUAAAAAUGGUUCAAAAAGAACCAGAACCUGGUUAAAGUUUCACAUAAACUUUCACAUAAACAAGUAAAAACUAAAAAAAAUCACAGCAGGACUGAUGUUCAGUGACGAGGUGAAGAUUUAACCGAUCCAUAACUCACUCAUGUCUCAAAUACUUUAAUCAUUUUAUCACGGUUUACGAUAUUAUCACAAUAUUUACAGAAAUAUUAUCAC